UUUUAUUUUAUAGUUACUUAGGUAGCUAUGGGCGACAAAAUAUGUUUAGCGUAAACAAAUUAAUUUUUUGAGGAGAUUUGGAUUAUUUUCUGGAAAUCAAUUGCAUGUCAUACUUCUUAUUAGUACAUAUCGACAAUAUGACAUCUCUAGAUUUAAGACAACAGAAACUCGAACAACAGAGACAAUUAAUUGCACAAAAAAUGAAACAAAAACGACAAAGUGGUGCUGGUGGAAUGGUACAAGCAUCUAAUAUAUCGAGCACUCAACUUACAAGUCAUUCUACAAAAUGGAUGAAUCCACAUAAAGAGCUUCGAGGAUAUGAUGGACCGUUACAGUUUAAUAUAUCACAAACAAAUACAGAUUUAAAUACAUUUAUAGAGAAUAAGGAUGUGGAAGCAAGAAUUAAUGAAGUUAGCACAGAAGGAAAUUUUUAUCAAGCUAUGGAAGCUGCUGAUUGUGCAGAUGAAGAAUCAUCACCUAUAGAUAUACAUUCACCUUCGGAAUCUUUACCAUGUCCUUCACCUCUUAGAGUAGCACCUUCAGAUGGUUCUAGUACACUUAUCAGUAGAGAAAACAAUUCUUCAAGUCCAGAAUUAGAGGGAAAUGUGGAAGGAAAUAUAGAACAUUUUGUAUUACAACCAGCAAAUAAAAAAAUGCAUUAUAAAUGUAGAAUAACACGAGAUAGAAAAGGUAUGGAUCGUGGUCUUUAUCCAACCUAUUUUUUACAUUUAGAACGUGAUUAUGGAAAAAAGAUUUUCUUAUUGGCUGGACGUAAAAGAAAAAAAAGUACAACAAGUAACUAUUUAAUUUCUACUGAUCCUACUGAUCUUUCAAGAGCAGGCGAAUCUUAUAUUGGAAAAUUAAGAUCGAAUCUUCUGGGAACACAGUUUACUGUAUAUGAUAAUGGAUAUUCAUUAAUAAAAGAUGACAAAAGAGACGAUCGUUUUAAUCCGAGACAAGAGUUAGCUGCAGUGAUAUACGAUACUAACGUUUUAGGAUUUAAAGGACCACGUAAAAUGACUGUCAUUAUUCCGGGAAUGACAUCGGAUCAAAAAAGAGUUGAAAUUUGUCCACGAGAUGAAUCUGAAACAUUACUUGAACGAUGGAAAACAAAAAAUAUGGAUAAUUUAAUAGAAUUACAUAAUAAAACUCCUGUAUGGAACGACGAUACGCAGUCAUAUGUACUUAAUUUUCAUGGACGCGUGACACAAGCUUCUGUGAAAAAUUUUCAAGUUGUACAUGAUAGUGAUGUUGAUUAUGUUGUUAUGCAAUUUGGCCGCGUUGCAGAGGAUGUUUUUACAAUGGAUUACAGGUUUCCAUUAUGUACACUUCAAGCAUUCGCUAUUGCUUUAAGUAGCUUUGAUAGUAAAUUAGCUUGUGAAUAAUAUAAUUGAAUAUAAAAAUAAUCAUACAUCUAUAAAUGAUAAACUACAUUAGAAGAAUUUGCAAUGGACAAUCAAUUGCAAUGAUGUUUUUUUACAAACAUAUCCGUAACUAUUUUAUUAAAAUGUUCUGACUAAGAAUAAUCAGUAUAAAUCAUGUGUUCAUUUUUCUUAUAUGGAAAAUGUUUUUAAAUACUAAAUAUAUAUUUCACAAUUGAUGUAUUAUGCAAACAUUAAGAUAACAAACUAAGAUACUACAGAUAUAUUGUAUCGUUGUUAAUCUUAAUAUAUUGUAUUAUAAUAUGCAUUUCAAUAUGCAUAUUUUACAUUCAUAUUUUACCGUUAAUAAUAUUUAAUGAAAUAAUAUUUAAUGAAUUAUUAUUUGAAAAAAAAACUGAAUUCUUCAUUUAUAUAUUCAUUUCCUUAAUUAAUACUUGAAAUAUUACAAACUGUGUUUGUGCAAUCAAAUACUUGGUUUUUACAAGAUAUUUACAUUACAUGUUAAUAUUAUCAUGAAUAUUUUUACAAAAAUGAUUUUUUAUAUGCUCAAAAUCAACAUAUUAAUAUAAUACUGAUAUUAAUACUGCACAACUUACUGCCUAUGAUACAGAUGAUAAAAAAUUUUCAUAUCAAAAUUAUGUACAGAGUAUAUAAAUGUUAAAUUAUUUUUAUGCUAUGUAUCUUUGUAUGAAGAACAAAGAUAUCAAGCAUAUUCUAUUAUUAAUUAAAUUAUAAUGGAAAAAAUUAUAUAAAUUUGAUAUAAUUUUGAAAAUUAAAAUGAAAGAGAAUAUUUGUCUAUAAGUUUUUCUAGAUUUGUCAUUAAAAAUUUAGAUAAUCACUUAAUUAUAUAUAAUUUAUUACUUUUAUAUAAAAAUAUUUUUUCUUAUGCAAUAAUCUCACAAUUUACAAUGAUAUUUUUAUUUACACGAAAAUAUAUUAUGCAUAGCUUUCAUUAAAUAAUAUAGCAUUUCACAGUUUGAAGAAUUUUUUUUUAAUAUUUAGGUAUAUUAAUAAAAUAUGUUAUUAUUAAAUUACUAUAAAUAUUAUCUUUGUAUAAUA